UUAACCUGUUUGUUUAUCGUUUGGAAACGAUGCGUCGACCACUACAAUAUCACAAUUCUCCGAUAACAAAUCUACUGAUGCUUGGACGGCCGAUAAAAAAAUACAUAGUUAUUCAACUGUUAGUCGUUGGAUUUAUUAUUUACGUUUGGUAUCAACUAAAUGGAGGUUUUAUUCCAAGUUUCUUGAGGCCCAGAUUACCCUUUUUGAAAAUUGGGCCUGAUAUCAAUGCUCUCAUGUUUUUUGGUGAUGCCGAAGAUGAUGGCAGUAAAAUCUGGUGGGCUCGACAAGUCAACUCUCGGGAUAAACUGAAUGAGGCUCUCAUAGGCCCAGCUCACAUGGUGGAAGGUGAUGUGAUUCUGAGAGGACAAGGCACCAAGGUUCACACACUGGUUCCUGUGAUGGGAAAACCUCCCAGCACCGACAGCGACAUCACAUUUGAUGAGUGGAUUACCACCCUCAAAUCGGGCUCGAAGGGAAUCAAAAUAGACUUCAGCACCAUCGAUUCUGUGGAGAUAACACUUCAAAAACUUAAAAACGUAAAUGAAAAGAGUACUUUGAAGUUUCCAGUCUGGCUCCAUGCUGAUGUGCUGCGAGGUCCUCUUGGAGGGAAACCGACUGUUGAUGCGACCCGUUUCUUCCGUACGAUGAAGCGUCUUUUCCCCAGAUGUACACUGUCUCUCGGCUGGACGACCGGAAUUCACACAGACCUCAGCCAGAGCGGCUACACGUGGGACAUGGUGAUGGAUAUGUACGAUCUCAUACAGAAGUGGGACGUUGGCGACCAGCCAAUUGUGUUUCAGGCGAGACUGUCGCUGAUUCACAAUUCCGUCCCGCAGCUGAAGUGGCUUACCGACGUCAUUUCACAUUCCGCCCUCAUGAUCUGGCACGCUGAUGGUGACAUGCCAAACUACGAAAACUUGAUGUACGUGUCCUAUCGAUUCCCGCCAAACGAGUUGUUCUUUGACCUGGACCACAACGACCUUCAGGGUCAUUUAAAGAAGUACCGUCAUUUUUCGAAAGAGAAAGUGAGUCCCCUGGUGACGAAAAGAGAUCUCGUUAUGUUUCAUCCAGGUGCGUGGUUGAAAAUGGGAUUCUACAUGGAGAAAAAUUCCAUCCUUGGAAGCACAGAAGCCCUUGUGUUAAACAGUCCUAUUGUUUACGUUGCGAGUAAAAGUAUGUACAAACCCACUCCAAUGAUAAAACUCAAUGGAAGGGUUCUGUUCCUUGACAGGAAGAACUACACUAUAGAACCGAGACGGACUGGCUUGAACAUAUACAUAAGACCGACAGUUUACAAAAGUUUUGAGGAAAUUGUCGGCAUCCGUUGUUUCUUGGGAGCUGACGGAGAAGUUCUUAUAACAGGAAGCAACUUGAAAGUUAAAGAUUUCACGAAAUCUGCAAAAAUAACACCAAGUUCUGUCAGGUGUUUCCGGUUUAGCAUCAAAGAUUCGGUAAAUGAGAUAAUAUUUCAGGUGAAUGUGUUACAUGGCUGUGAGAGCCUGGAAAGUGUUAAUCAAGAUGAAGAAGUUCACUUAGAACUGCGGGUGGCGAUUCCACCUGAACUAGGUGCUAGUGAACAUCCGUUCAUAUUAAGACUAGAGGAUAACAGAAGGACGGCUGUUAUAGAUGAACUAAAUAUUAAACAUGUUUAGUGAAUUUGACACACACAUAAUUAAAAAUAUUUUUUGUUUGUCAGUCAUAAGUAGCAGAUUCAGGAUUUUAAAGGACGUUUUUGGACAUAAUAUAAUUCCUAUACUCAUUUGCCCUCUCCCAAACAAAUUUUAUCCCAUGGUAUCAUCUCUUGAUACUUGUUAAUGACCACCAAAUGAUAAAUUCAAAGUUUAAAAAAACAAAAAAAACAUAAAAUUAUGCAAUAAAAAUUUAAUACACAUGUAGUUAUGUACUAUAAAAAAUGUUUUUAGGUCAAGUAAUUAUCUGAGAAGCUACAUUCUUUAAUCAUUAACAUUUAUUUAGUCCAUCCCAUACUUUCCAUUAUAGUCAGUCCCACAAGGAAUGCCUUUUUUCAUACUAUGAAAUUUACUACCAAGUUAUUUAUUUCUGAGCUGAUUGAUUUGUAAAUUGCACAUAUUCCAAAACACUUUUACUUUUCUUCUUCAAACCAAACUGUAAUUAUUUACACAAAAUAUGUUUAUAGAAUGAUGGGACGGACUAUAAAUAUAUAACGUACCAUGGAGAGAACAACAAUUUUUCUAAACUACUAUCAAUGAUUUAAAAUAGCAUUUUAAAAAGUUCUGGAAAUUUUAAUAUUUCAUGGAGAUUAAUAAAAAAACAUUCAACACUAUAAAUAGUUGGAGUGUGAUGUAUACAUUUUUUUCUAUAAACAGGUUGUGAAGUACUUAAUUAACAUUAACUUUAUAUAUGAAAUGUAAGCAGAAUUCAUUUAACACCUUAUAUUAUUUAUCAUAGUUUUUUUUUUUUUUUAGUUUUUUUUUUAUCAAUAAACUAAUGACCACCUUGGAAUGUAGUUUAAUUAUGAUUAUGUCACCAUUCAAAUUUACAGUAUAAGAAAUUGCUAAAAUGUUCAGUCAGUACAGAUAUAAUUCCAUUGUACACAAAGAUAAGUAUAUUAACUCUGUUUUUAAAGUAUUUAAGUAUUAAUAAGCAUGUUGUCUUUUGUAGACAUGUUAAAUGCUAGGUUCUAUAUCUUGCCAUAAUACUUAGUAUUACAGAUUAUGUUAAAAUCUGUCUGCACCAGUGACUAAAAGGUUAAAGGGACUGCCUGGAGUUUGUUGCCAUUGUAAAAUGUUUCUGACUAACAAAGCCUUUUUAAGAAUCAAACUUAGAUUAUGAAUUUAUUUUUUAUUUAGGGUAUCGGUAUCUGUAUAUCCAUUGUUGUUGGUCAUCUUAAUGGUUGUCGUAGUCCAAACAGGAUUAUGAUUUUCAUAUGUAUAAAAACCACAAUUGUUAUAAAUAAAAUAAAAUAAACUGAAUAUUGAGUUAUUACAAACAUUAGGAUGAUCAGAAACACAUUGAAUAUACAAACACUAAUUAUUUGAACAAAGAAAUAUGUUUUAAUAUGUCACCAUUGUUGUUAAACAAGGCUCUGUUACUUGAUAACAUCAUAAUAAUGGCCCGGCGAAAAAUGUAGGACAGUCCCUUUGAAAGUACAACAGGAAUGCAAACCUAGUACCCCAUUCUACAAACAUCGACAUAUCAUGUUUUUUAGAUUUUGAAUUUAUGUCUUGUACAUAGAUCUGCCAUUAAAUUGUUUUCAUUUCAUACUUUAUUUUACAUUUAUAUUCUGAAUUUUAUUAUGGCUAUGAUGUGGAUGCAUUAUAUUACAAUGUAAUAAUUUUAAAAUAAAAAUCUCCUGUCCAUUAAGAAAACUUUGUAAAACAUGUUUGAAAUGUCUUGUGGACUACUGCUAAUGAACCAAAAAUGGUUGUUUGCUGGACAGGCCCGUAUGCACGAGGAUGCACCCCCAUCCAUAUUAUUAAAGGUCCACAUUUUUUUUAUAUCAAAUUUAGAUAACCUUAUGUAAAUGUUUGUUUUUGGUUUUUUUGGUCAUUGUUGAUCCCAUCACAAGCAAUUCGCACCUCCCCCCAUUAAAAAUCCUGUACGGGCCUGCUGUAUAUAUUUCAUGUGUGUGUAUGUGUGGACAUUGUACAUUAGUUAAUGGGGUAGUAUCUUGCUGCCUGGUUAUGUUUUUAUUGUUUACCUAGCUUGUACAUGUACUAGUAUAUAGGUCACCCCAUUUUAUUUGUUAGUUUAGGAAUACCUUUUUUUUUUUUUCAAGAAGUACAUUGUAGAAUAGAAUCCAUUCAUUCUACAAUGUACUUCAUAAAAAAAAAAAAAAAUCCUGGAUGGUGGUUAUAAUAAUAAAGCAGGGUUCAUGGAGUGUAUAAAUUUAUGAGUGAAGAGGGGGGAGCACUGCAGGGGUCUCGCUACAUGUCAUAAGCGAUCGCUUGACUUAUUUCCAAUACACCCGCCAACCAUUGGCAUCAAUAGUAAUAUCCGCCAUCCGUUUAUUUAGGCCACCAUCCAAAAUCACAAGUCAUACCAUCGUCUUGAACUACCAUAGUAAUCAGGUUCAUCCUGGUUUACAUUUUCGAAGUACUUGUACCCUGCAAAUCUUAGGUACCAUCCCUUCCUAUAAGUAGAACAAGCUCUACCGAUUCCCUCCAUUCUUUUCCUGAAUACUGGAGAGACCACUGCACUGUCAAUGAAGGCCUGGGGUUUGGAUGGAAAUUUGAUGACCUCAACCUAUUAGAGUUUUAGGGACAUGUUCUGAAAACAUUUUUAAUUUCAGGUGUUGAAAUACAUUGUACCUGUAUGUCAUUUUCAGCCUUCUGAGCACAAUAACAGAAAAAAGCACACACCUGCACUCCAAUUCCACAGCUCCUGUAAAAGCUUUUGUUGAAAGGUGGUGAUAGGUGAGAACUGAACAAUUUUUUUAUUUUAUUUUGAUUACUCAAAAAGCAGUUUUUGCUGUUUUUUAAUGUGCUUAUGUGUGGAUGUUAUAGACACUUCACUGGUGAUGUGCUGUCGCGUUGUGCUAGGGUGGGAACUUCACAUCAGUAUUUGUUUUACAUUUUAAUUUGUAGUCAUAAUAUCAAGUACAAAUGUAGGACAAAUACAAUCUGGCAAACCCAUGAACUAACAACAAAAGUGGAGUUUCCAAAUAUGUGUUUAAUAUGUAUUUAUAUAUCUUAAUAUCCUAAUCAUUGUAAAUAAACUUGACAUUCCAUUUUGUGAUAAAAAUCAUAAUAAAAAGUAUUUCUACAUGACUAAUAAAAGCAAUAAAACAUGAAA